AUGGAAGCUAGUGAUCUUACACCAAAUGUGGUCGUAGAUUCUUUGCCAUAUAUUGACAAUGAAAUUAACUAUGAGGGUAUGCGCGAACAAGUAGAUAAAUUAGUAGAUCAAGAAAGGCGCAAAAGAACAAAAAAGGAUCCGCCAAAUUUUCCAACGACAAUUGAGCUUUUUAAAGAUUCGCCUAUUCUCGCUGCAGAGUUACAGCGUGUCCAACUAGGGAAACCUAUGGAACAAAUAGAUACUACCAGGUAUAAACUUGAGCCACCCCAAGAUAAUAGUAAUGUUGAAUUAUGGAAAAAAGCAGUGGAUAAUUCAAAAGCUCAAUUGGAACAGCAAAAUUUGCGUUUAUUAAAUAUGGAAUUACUACAAAAGUAUGGAGCAAAUGCGUGGCGACUUCACAAUUUUCAACUUGAACAAGAACUGAAACAGCUGCAAGACACCUUAGAACAAUAUAAACAGGAAAUUUUAGAAGUGAAUAAAGAGAGAAAGGCAGAACAGUUACAAGCCGGAAAAAAACUUGAAAUGUUGGAGUUUAGUUGGUCAGAUUUGGUUGGUAAAACUUUGCAAGUUCAAUUUGCGGCUGAUUCAUUGGAAAAGGAAGAUUCUAAUGAAAUUACUACAGAAGGAAAAUGA